ACACUGAGACCACUGAUUGCAAACACGGAAAUAAUGCAGUGCGAUACAUCCGCGUAGUUAUUUUCCAAGUCUAGUUGCAUGCGAUUUAAGCAUCUGUGUUUAAAAGCAGACAUUGCACGUGAAACACAUAACCGGCUAGUGUGUUAGACUUGUCUUCUCUUGUUCGAUGGAUUUAUUGCAAUUUCUGUCAUGGGCCUGCAUCGUGUUCACGGUCGGGAUGUUCUCGACUGGACUGACCGACCUGAAGAAGAUGAGAGAAUCAAAAAAUGCUGACAAUAUCCAGUUUCUCCCUUUCCUCACCACAUGUCUUAAUUUUUAUUUGUUAACUGAUUGUUGCUAUCCUCUUCUUUAUCUCUUCCCUUUUCAGGUCAAGAUAGUGCGAAGUGGUGAUGUGCAGUGCUUGUCCUUCCCUCUGACUGUAGCCACCUUCUUCACUUCCACAUCCUGGGUGCUGUACGGCCUCCAGCUAAACGACUCCUAUAUUGUGGUUCCAAACAUGCCUGGGAUCUUCACCAGCCUCAUCAGAUUUUAUCUGUUUUGGAGAUUUGCGGCUGUCAAUCAAAGCUCACCUUCCUUUAAGUCUAUGCAGAUAUGAUGAUGUGAGGGGUGUCGGUUAUGAAAAUGAAAAGAGAUGAAAGAUCUGUUGAUUCAAUUGAGGGCUGCAGCUAUCCAUUGCUUGUCUUGUAUUUUUAAUAUACAGAGAGACAGUGGAGAGAAACAAAUGUUUGUUGUCAUUUCAGGGAGGUAUAUCAGUUACUCAAAAAAAAGUGUCAUUGAUUCAACAGUUUAUUUUUCUGCAGUUAUUUGUUAAACCUGUGUCUCCUCUCCAUGUCCUUCAAGUGCCUUCUGUUAGAUCCUGUUUGCCAUUAACGAUGAAUGGCAUUUACUGAUCUACCAACAUGUAAGGAGACUUGCAGUCUGUUCACAAUCCAGUGAAUUGUAUUUAAUCUUCCUCACCUUAUACUAGCCAAAGAUUUUUUUGAGUUGUAACUUGCUGGCUGCUGGUUUCAUAUUUUUCCCUGAUGUGGCAAUGAUGAUUUCAUAUCCCUUUUAGAGUUGGUACUCAUUCUUCUGUUUCACAGUGCAGACAGAAUAUUAAGUCAUCUCAGUGGCAGUAAUAUAUACACUUAUAUUUGUUCAGAAUUGUUUUCUAUAUAUCUUUUUGAUACAGAAUGUGUAUGUUGGCUUAUGUCCAACUCAGACAUUGUCUACUUGUAUUGCUAUUUUUAUAAGCAAUUGUAUAAGAGAUCAAAUAAAAUAAGAAAAUAAAUUAACACCAUAGGGUUUGUUUACAAGAAUGAAUGUUUAUUUUUCUGGUGGCUGGUUGUCAUGGGUAAUAGAGCCUCACUUGUUCCUCAUUAUUAUCUGUAAUAAGGACAUAUGUUAUGCAAAUGAAACAGCUGACAUGUCAGUGCUGACUCACUCACUUGUAAUGGAUGUAAGAUCUUUAAAGGUUUCCUGUAAAUACAUUUUUACCAUAACUAU